AAUUGGAAGACAUCUUCCGGAAGAGGAAGAUCAUCGUCGUUGCAGUGUGGCACCUGAGUGAGAGAGGUCCCGCGAUCGGUGGAGCUUCGGUGAAUUCAAAAUCGAAUUUUAAUCGAUUCAUGUCAUUGACAAAUAAAACAACAACAACCAUGAGGGCGUGGGCCGCGUGUUUGACGCUGGCCGCCUUGUUCGUGGCUGCGUCGGCUGACGAGAAGGCGCUCACCGUGGAGUUCGAUGUCAGGCCCGGCGGGAUCGUGCACUCGUUCAAACAAGAGCUGGGGAAGUUCGGCUGCACCUUCACCUACGCUGCACAGGGAGGGACAAACGAGCAAUGGCUGAUGAGUUUGGGGUCGAAUGAGGAUCAGUCACUUUUCUCCUGCUCCGUGUGGAGGCCAAACGGAAAGUCAUAUCUGUUCUUCGUUCAGUUCAACACUGAGAUUUCUGGAGCCAAAGUGGAGUUCGCGGAAGCCUUUUCGCAGGCAGCUACAAUUAACCUGAAGGACAUCGCUUUGAAGCCAAGUGAAAUUGUGGUUGGCGAACACACAGUGAGCCACAACCCGGGCCAGUUUGGAUCGCAGCUUUCCAAGCUCAUGAUCGUGUCGAGGAAACCUCACGAGGAGCUGUGAUCGCCUCUCUCACUCUGUCUCUCUCCGCCACACAACUCUCCCAUUAUUUAUCCACGUCUCAUUUUCUCUCGACACACCACACCACUUUCACACACUCUUCUCUGCAUCCCACACUUCUAGUCUCUCUCCAUUUCCCCGUCUCUCUACUUCUUCCUCCCUGGCAUCUCACUCCUCUGCACUUCACACAACUCUCACGGCUGUCAAUGGAGACACACAACUGCUGGGAUUUGGACUCAUUUUAACAUGAGCCAGUGGUAGCUCUGUGGCUGAAAAGGCCGUUGCAGUAGCACCGAGCUAGAACCUCUUGACACUUUGAGUUUCAAUGAAUCCUUGCGGGGGCUGGGCGUUUUGUGUCGAAGGUUCGUCAUCGCUGCGUCGCAGACACUGAACCAGCACUGCUGAGAUCCGAGGUUUGAUCCCUUGGGUUGGAUGUCUCAAGGGGCUCAUGAUGGCCGUGGCAGACUCUUGAGCCAGCACUGCGAAGAUGAAGCCCUUGUGCUGGGUAUAUCUGGCUCUGUCAAAGCACCGUGUUGGAGUAAUUGAACAAACACUGGGGACGUCAUGAGCCAAGUUUUCGGGGUGGGGUUCUCACUUUCGUAUUAGGAGGGUGACGAUGGCUGUGUCGGACACUAAGGAAGUGCUUCAGAGAUCAUGGGGUUGGUUAUUCUACUGUUUCCUUACAAUGGGGGUUCUUCAUGGCCAUGUCUGGAACAUUGAUCCAGCAGUGCAGAGAUCUUGAGUUUAAAUCCAGGCACCUACCCUGUGAUUAAACUGGGUUCUCAAGCAUUACGAAUUCGAUGUCUCAGCCCGGUCACCAAUCACUGCUCACAAUUGAAAUCAAUGAAAUGAGCUUACCAUUUGAGCAUAGCUCAGCUCUGAGGUUAUACAACUGUACGAUACUUUUUCGUAUAAAAUCACAGAAAACUAGGCCAGUCACCCAUCUGCACAGCUGAACUGAAUGCCGUAUUUGCUGUGGUAAAAUUGGCCCUUUUGGAGGACAUGGAGCCGUUAAACACUGUGGUUUUGCUGUAAUGUGGUGGAGAUUGGAAUGGAUUGAACAUUCCUUUGGGUAUAUAAAGGUUAAAAUUUAAAAGAAGCAAACUGGAAAACAUUUCCACUCAAUAAAAAAAUGGUUUUGUUACUUUAAA